AAUUUUAACAAUAACAAUAAUAAACAAUAAAUCGAUCACGACACCUAUAAAUACCCCUGCCACUCGCUCCCAAUAUGAUCACCACACUUACAGAUUCCACUACACAACACAAAAUUUAAAGGAUUCGAUCAAUGGAAGCUUCAGCUUGGGUUACAUACGCAGCCACUUGGCUUUCCAUUCUCGCAUUCUUUCUUCUCGCCAAAUAUCUCCGCAGCAAGAGCACCCGCAAAAUACUUAACCCCGCACCAGGGCCUAAACCCUGGCCGGUUAUCGGGAAUCUGAACCUCAUCGGGGAACUUCCCCACCGUUCCAUCCACGACUUGUCUCAAAAAUACGGUCCCAUCAUGCAACUUCAAUUCGGUUCGUUCCCCGCGGUGGUGGCCUCGUCGUCCGAGAUGGCGAAAAUCUUCCUCAAGACCAUGGACGUCAAAUUCGUCGGACGUCCUAAAACAGCCGCGGGAAAAUACACAACUUAUAAUUACUCUGACAUUACCUGGUCACCUUACGGUUCGUACUGGCGCCAAGCGAGAAAAAUGUGCCUGAUGGAAUUAUUCAGCGCGAAGCGGCUCGAGUCGUAUGAGUACAUUCGGGUGGAAGAAAUGAAGGCCAUGAUCAAUAAUAUCUACAAUUUGUCUGGAGAAGGUUUGGCUCUCAAAGACUAUCUUUCGACCGUGAGUUUGAAUGUGAUCAGCCGAAUGGUGGUGGGGAAGAGGUAUAUCGACGAGACGGAGAAUGCGGUGGUGAAGCCAGAGGAGUUCAAGAAGAUGCUGGAUGAGUUGUUUUUGCUUAAUGGAGUGUUUAAUAUCGGGGAUUCGAUUCCUUGGCUUGAUUUCUUGGACUUGCAAGGCUAUGUGAAGAGAAUGAAGAGAGUGAGCAAGAAGUUUGAUAAGUACUUGGAGCAUGUGAUUGAUGAGCAUUAUGAGAGGAGAAAGAAUGAUGAGAAUUAUGUUGCGAAAGACAUGGUGGAUGUGUUGCUUCAGAUUGCUGAUGAUCCCACUCUUGAGGUUAAGCUUGAGAGGCAUGGUGUCAAGGCUUUUACUCAGGACCUACUUGCUGGUGGAACCGAGAGUUCGGCAGUGACAGUCGAAUGGGCCAUUUCGCAACUUUUGAAAAAGCCUGAAAUAUUCGACAAGGCGACCGAAGAGCUAGAUCGCGUCAUCGGAAAAAACAGAUGGGUAGACGAAAAGGACGUCCCGAAUCUCCCCUACAUUCAAGCCAUCGUCAAAGAAACAAUGAGACUGCACCCUGUCGCGCCAAUGCUCGUUCCUCGUGAAUCUCUAGAAGACUGCAAAGUAAACGGAUACGACAUCGCGAAAGGAACCAGGAUUUUAGUGAGCGUAUGGACAAUCGGACGCGAUCCAACAUUGUGGGAAAUGCCAGAUGAAUUUGUGCCCGAGAGGUUUAUCGGAAAGGAUAUCGAUGUUAAAGGACACGAUUUUUCGCUGCUUCCGUAUGGUUCGGGGAGAAGAAUGUGCCCGGGGUAUGCUCUGGGACAGAAAGUAAUUGAAUCGAGUUUGGCCAAUCUGUUGCAUGGAUUCAAGUGGAAAUUGCCGGGAAAAAUGACAGUUGAGGAUUUGAACAUGGAAGAAAUUUUCGGGCUUUCGACUCCGAAGAAAAUCCCGCUUGUCACGGUCGCUGAGCCUCGUCUAGCAAAAGAGCUCUACUCUCUUUAGUUCUUACCAUCAGCUUAAGCUGUCCUCAAAGUAUUAUAUUUCUUAUACCUAUUCUGUUUUCAAAGCCUUCCUCUGAGAAUUUAAUGAAGCUUUUAUAUUCUAAAACCCCGGUGUAUGUUUUUUUUAA